AGAAAACGUUCAACCGAGGAGUGGCAGCACCGCUGCCCAAUGAGAAGCUGGAGGAGGCGGAGGCUCCGCCCCGCGCCUUGUCCUAACGAUUCUGUCUUCUCUCUUUCUCUCACUGUCUCUCUCUAUGGUUGCCUACCUCCAGCCCACGUCCUCUGCCCCGCUUCCGGCCGCCGCGCCCUGCCUCCGAGAGCCCUUCUUCCUUCCCUUUCCUCUCGUUUCCAGUCCUCCUCGGGGCGUUCCCAUGGCUGCUGCCGUAGGCACUUGGGCUUUCUCGAUGCCGGCUGUGCGGAAGGUGGGCUCGCUGCUCAAGAACGGGGCUGGGGCUACGGACUCUCUGCAGGAGGCGACGGCAGAAAUCGAGAAUGGUGAGAAAACUGGUCAAUACAUAGUUGAACAAGGAGGCUACCCAAAUAAAGAUGGGCUCGUUCAAUGUGGUGCAGCUGUCAUGGAAGGUCUCCCCAGUCGAUUUGGAGCAAUGGCGGCCUUACAUGGAAUUGCAAUUCCCUUUGCUGUGACUCAAAAGGUCAUGAAUAAAUCACCUCACAGUCUGCUUGUUGAAGAAGGGGCCAUGACUUUUGCAAGAGAAAAAGGUUUCAUAGUAGAAGAAAAUGAACAUAUGCUAACUAAACACAGUGCAGAUGCUUAUCAGGAAUAUUUGGGGAAAAAAGCAAGCUUCUCUGGGCACAAUACCUUAGGUCUCAUUGCCUUGGAUGUUCAUGGAAAAAUAACUGUUGGUGUAUCUACAUCAAGCUCUCCCUUUAACUAUCCUGGCAGAGUGGGAGAUUCUCCUUUGCCAGGGUGUGGUCUGUAUGCAGAUUAUCAGCUGAAUUUUUUUUAUUCAACUGGGAAAGGAGACAAGAUCAUGUGUUUUUGUCCUACUCUUAGAAUCUGGCUUUUUCUCUUGUAGAGUUUAUCUCCCAAGGAAGCAUGUGAAUCUGUCCUUAAACAUAUAACGUAUCAAGUGGGAUAUGAAAAUAUGUUUGAACUUGGAAUUAUUGCAAUGAACAUGAAGGGAGAAACUGGAACUGCUUCCUCAGUUCAGUUCACCUAUUGUGACUGGUCUCAGAAAGAUGAUUCCAUUGAACAGUUAAUACAAACACCUUUCCAACCAUGA